CUGUAUCCGCUUCAAUUUGGUAAAUAUGCUAACAUUAGCAAUACUCUUUACCCUCGUCUGUGCAGCUCCAACCCUGGGCUUCGAGUCCUGUGAUGAUUGCCUGGAUACUAUUCCUCUCAUAGGAUCCUGGAUCCAUGAAGGAGCUGGAAACAUCUCCGAGUACCUCGAGGAGCACUACUGUCCCCAUACCCAUGAUGAGGAUUGUGCCAUGCAUGUCAACGAGAUGUAUCCUACUAUGCUGGAGAUGAUCGCCGAGGAGUUCAUCGUUCUCAGCGCUCACAGAAUCUGUGAACAUGUUUUUGCUUGCGGUCAAGAGGUUAAGAACCAGAUAGUCAAGGAUAUGAGCUGCCUGGAGUGUACUGUAGUAUUGGAGGAUGUCCAUGACAUGUUGACCGGAAAGGAUCAUGUCACAGAAAUGGAACACUGGCUGGAACGUCAUUUCUGCACUACCGAAAUCCCCCACUGUUACAAGUUUAUCGAGAGACACUUCCACGACAUGCAUCAGAUGGUCAUGGAUCAUCUUUUCCAUCCUCAUCGUUCAUGUAUCCGUCUGGGAUACUGUGAGUUUGUCUCGGACAUUAUAAAUACUAAAAACUUCAUCUAAGAGUUUUUGAAUUAUAUGUAAUUUCUCUAUGGAAUCCUAUGAAAUCUAGAUUCUUCUAUGUAGAAACUUUGGUAAUGAAGAACAUUAUGAAUUAAUUCUAUUUCCUGUGUACGCACAGAAACUGUGAAUUAUGUACUUUUAAAAUGUAAAAAAAGCAAAAAUAAAAAUUAGUUUAUUUAGUUA